UAUUUUUGCUGUAUUUUGAAUCAAAUAAAUGCAGGCUUUAUGAGCAGAUGAGAAUUCUUUUAAAACAUUUGAUUGGUAGUGUAUAUACACUAUUUAAUAAAAGCACAUUUGGAAAUGGCUUCAUGUUUUUAUGGAUUUUUAAAUGGGUCUUUAAAUUAAAAACUUUAACUUUUAAAACUCAUUACUUGACUGACUUUUUCCCAUGAUUUGACUGCUUGACAGCUCAUGAUUUAGGCUUGGCUCUUGCAAAACAGUAACUUGGAGCGAAAUCUAAAUGCAAAACCAUGUUAAGUUUUAACUCAAUGGAGCAGAGGAAUUCAGUAUUUAUACUGUAUAUUUUCUGUAUAUAAUAAUAAAAAAUAAAAUUUUCCAUGUAUAGUCCUUGUGUGCGUGAGAGCAGUUGAACGGGGCGUAGGUAAGACCUUAAGUAAAUUAUCUUUUAAAAUGAAUCAGAAGGAAACAGGAUUGCUUGAUUAUAAACAGCUUCAAAAAAUUCAACAACAGUGAAAAAGGUUCUUUGCAAAGGGAUUUAGUUUAUUUUCAUUUAGAACAAUCACCUAAUGAAUAAUUUGAAAUGAUAUUGUUUAACAGCACUGAUCUUUUUUUUAAUUAUGUUUUACAAUGCUUUUAAAAAAGUACCUUUGUUUCUUCAAAUGUUAAAUCUCUCACUUUCUCUGUAUCUCUCUCCACUGGCUUCCUGCGGUCAGACACAACUUGAAAACUGAGCUCCUCCUUCCUUUCACUGUAGACCAUAGCAAUGACCUGCUGUUCUUGCACUGGAACAGAGAAGCUUUUGGCUCACACGUCGACCUAUUUUUGCAGACAGUAAGGUAUUGUGGCAAGCCAAAAACCACAAAGGAAAUACAGUCACAGGUUUAGGAGCAAUGAUUGCGAUAACAGCAAUGUCUUCAUACAGCAUCUUUUAAUAAUUCUUGCGAAUAUGCUUAUCAAAAGAUUAGAUAAGAUAUAGCUUUUUGACUUAAAGCUACAGUCCCUAAUUUCUGGGUAAUUAUUAGGUGAUAAAAAAUGUACACCAUUUUGCCCGCUCAACCGCAUGUAAAUUUCCAGAACCUGUUUUUCAAAGUUUAAUGACUUUAAAAUUUAUACAGCAUUUGAAGAACAAGAACACAAGAAUGUGUCCUGUGUGAACUGACUUGGACUCAGUCUUGGAGUUUACAUACAUAAUUAAUUAGAGAAAAAUUAUUAAUCAAAUGACAGCCCUAAUUAUGUUUUCAUGCUGUUCAUUUUUAAAGUUAAAACCCCUACAGCUGAUUUAAAGGCCAAGAACAAAGUAUUUUUCAGAUCUUUAUUAACAUGUUAUAUGGGAUAUAUACAAGUUUUUUUGUGUGGAUCUGCUCUAAUGUUUAUUUUAGAAUUACAGAUUACAACUUGAUGAAGCACUUCCUGUGCAGAGUUACUCAAUGCUGCUGUGGGAAUCGAGGUUACAACAUCACAACCAAAUAAUAUUGGCAUAUAAGAGAGAGUUCAGUCGGAGUUGGUGGAAACUUCAAGCAUUCGAGAGGAAGUUGUGGACCUGAGAGAAAUAAAGAAUGGCCUCUCUCAGAUUAAGACGGAGAUUAUCGAUGUGGAACCGGUUGCCAAGAUGGACAACCGCUUCUUUGGCGAGCUUCUUGCUGAGGUUUACCGCAAGAACUCAGAUAUUCACACUUGCAUCUCUGAGCAUGUGGCCAAGAUCCGUGGAAGGAAACACCUUCUGGACCCCACCAUUGACUACAAGGUGGAAAAAGAAGAAAUAGAGAGUCUCAUUCCUAAAGGAGUGUCCGAACUGACUAAGCAACAAAUCCGCUACCUGCUGCAGACUCGUAUAACGGCUGAUAAAACCAUGCGUCUGUUGAUGGCCACGUUUAGCAGUCUGCGAGAGGAGCUAGUGCAUAUGCAGGAUGAUCUCAGGCGUCUGGAGAGUGAGAAGGAGGAGCUGGAGAGAGAUCUGAGCUUCAAGGCAGAUCAGGCUCUGCAAUACGACAGACUACUGGAGACCGUACGUGAGCACAACAGACAACUGCAGGCAGCCGUGAAGGAAAGCAAUAACACUCAGCGUACUCUAGAAAGUCAGGUACUGAACUUGCAAAGCAAAGACCCCAGCAAAGACUUCCGCAUUAAAGAAUUGGAGGGCAGCAAGAGAGCCCUGGAGCAGGAGAACGAGCUGCUCAGGAAGAAGUUGGCAGGGCAAUGCAGUAGUUCCACUGUCCAAAUCAAAACACAGGAGCUGUCCAGAGAGUAUGAACAGAUGCUGAGAGAUCUACGAGAGGAGAAGGACAGAGAACUCAAGAACCUGCGGGCUCAGCUUGUAAAGAUCCAGACCGAGCGCACCACAACAGUACACACCUCUGAUAGUAGCUUGGAGUUGCGUAUUUCUGAGCUGCUGUCCAAACUGGAACAACGUGAAAGUCUAAUCAAACACCAGGAGGAGGAAAUCAGGAGACUCAAACAGCAGAAAACUGACAACUCCAGCAGUACAACAAGGACUGUUGUUACCAAGAGAUACAUGAACCAGUACCCUAUUCUGGGUCUGCUGAGUGACGAGUACCAGUACACACCACCCAUUAAAGAGGACAGGACUGUCAUCAUCGAGAGUACGGGGGUCUCGAAAGUCAUCUAGAUUGUAUGAACAGGAAGAAGAUUUAGAGGCUUACCCGUUUUCCCCGUCCAAAUCUCAUUCCCUCCCUCUCUCUCUGCAUGCUGCCUUCUUUCCAGUGGCUCCUAUUGGUGAUGGUGGUGCUGACUUUUUAGUUUCUAUGCUUUGGAAUUGGACAAUGCCAUUUGAAGUAAGAACUAAAACAGCAUUUAAUGACAAAAUCUUUCAAAAGCAUUGUUUACUAAAAUACUGCGUGACUACUGUUUUUUUUAAUAUAUAUUUUAUGAUGCACCACAACCUUCAGUAGCCUCUAGCCAACACUACUGUAAAUAUUUGGACAGAAAUGAUUUGCAAGUAUCAUAUACCUUGAAUGGAAUAAAAAUUGAGCAUUGUCAUGUUAUGUAAAAGGUAAUUGCUGGUUUUGUUGGUUUUCUUGUUCAUUUGGGUAUAUUAAUUAUGCAGAUUUUAUUCUGUUUUUAUUGUUAUGUCAGAGAGGUGAUGCUUUUUGUAAAAAAUGAUGCAUAUAUGUCAUAGUGGUCGACCGACGCAUGUUUUUGGUCCAUGCAGGUAUAUUUAGAGCAGUAUGACCCACUAUAUAGAAUUUUUUUAUUUUCUGAAGUUUUUGAAUGUCUUAAGAAGGAUGCAUUUAUUUGAUCAAAAUAAAGUAAAACAGAAAAAAAAAGAAAUAUUAUUACAAUUUAAAGUAACUUUUUAUUUUAAGAUUUUUACAAAUAUAUUUUAUAUAUAUGAUGGCAAAACUGAAUUUUCAGUAUCAUUACUCACAUGAUCUAUCAGAAAUCAUCCUAAUAUGAUUUGUUCCUUAAGGAAAAGUAUUAUUAUCAGUAAUAAAAAAGGCUUCAAAAAAUGUCCACAUUUUUUGUUAUAGAAAGUUCAAAAGAACACCAUUUAUUUGAACAUUGUAAGAGUUUUUACUGUUACUUUUGAUCAAUUUAAUGCAUCCUUGCUGAAUAAAAGUAUUAAUUUCAAAUAAUAAUAAUAAAACUAAACCCAAACACAAAAAAGAGAAAUAUUUUAAAACAGAAAAUCACAUUAUCUGUUUACAAAGCUGUUAGAUGUUGUAACUGACACAAGGAGGCGCCAACACAGUAAUCAGCCAAUGCCAAAUAUCUGCUUAUUUAUUGGUCUGGCUGAUACUUCGGUAGACCACUAAUAUAUAAUGUAAGCUGGUGAGGGGUUUUACUGCUUUAAAGUGGUUGAUAGUGCAUGGGUUAACAGUGAUUGCUGUAAUCUAAGUUCUCACAGCUAUCCUAUAUAUCAACUUUGGUUAGAAGACAUCUUUUCAAAUAAAACAAAUAUAAAAACUCUGCUCAGUAAACGCUGGCAGCUAUAGGGCCUGCAUAAACAUUUCUGUUUUUUAUAGUCUGAAACUGCUGGGGUGUUUUUGUCAUGGUACACUGAAUGUAUUCUACAGUAUCUGCAUGAAUCAAAUAGGGUUUUUUUUUUUUACUUACUUUAUUAUUCUUCAUAAGACUCUGACACUUGAAGGGGCAUUGCUAUGUUUGAGUGUGGAGUUUUCUAGGUUUACCUUUAUUACAGUGCAAUUGUUAGUGGUGUGAAAGAACAGAGUGGCAAAGAACGAGUGGUUUAUGAUGUCAUUACGUGGUGGAUUGUAGCAUUAUAGGUAGCUUGGAUAUCUAGACUUUUUUUUUACAUAUAUACCUUAUGUGACUAUAAAGAAAUUCUUCUCUUAGACUUGUAGAACAAUGCUGUUCUAAGAAAAUGAUGUCUUGUGUGAUAUCCUGACUAAAUGCAUCUAUUAAAAACUGUUGGAGUGCCCCUUUAAAUUCGUUAACAUUACAAUCACAGUGUUGCAUCUGCAGCAUUUAUCUCUUUUGUGGAUGUAACUUUACAUCUUGUAACUGUUUGUGCUUAAAAUAAAGAAUAUUUUGACCUCUUGA